AUGACCAGUUUUAGAAAAUAUUUCAAUAGUAUCAUUUUCUCCCGUUUCUGUGCGUGAACCGAGUAGAAACAUUUUGAUAAGCUGUGGCUAAACGUAACAGAUCAUAAUAUGAAUAACAAAUUGCUCUGGACGCUGCUAGCCGGUGUGCUGCUGAAAUUUACAAACGUGGAAUGCGUGGUGGGUGGUCACACGUCGAUGCCCGGUGCUGCGCCCUAUGUAGUUUCGGUUCAGAACCCGACGCACAUAUGUGGUGGUGUUUUGGUUGCCAACAACUGGGUUUUAACGACGGUAUCAUGUGUACAGGGUAGAAGCAAUCUUAAAGUCUUGGUGGGCUCCCACCGUUUGCUGACCAACAUGGCACGUGUUGGGGUGUCAUCGAUCAUUUUAAAUCCUCAGUAUAGCGCCACAUCUGGUAUCAACAACGUAGCUCUUUUGAAACUUUCCCAGCCAGUCACAUCGGCUCCAGUGCAAAUAAAUAGUGCUACCGUUACAACAGGACUUCCGACCGCUUUCUACGGCUGGGGUUCACUCAAUUACGGAUCCGCAUCGAAAUCCAAUGAGCUGCAAACACUGUAUCAGAAAACUGUCAGUGCCGCUGAUUGCGCGAAAAAGUUGCAAAAAAACGGAGGACUGGCAACUGGAUUUAUUUGCGCUCACAUCCAGCCUGGACAAGCGGCUUGUUCGAAAGACCAAGGGGGACCAUUGAUAGACGUGAGCAGUGGGAAGCUGCUGGGAAUCUACGAUCACGGAAUACUCUGCAGUGGAUCAUUUCCAGAUGUUUUCACUAAUAUCGCCGCAUUCAAGACGUGGAUUGAAACAACGAUUGCCAGCAACUGAGUUGUAAUAACAGCUGCAAAUAACUGAUUCAAUGCAAGUUUUGAAUAUAAAUUGAAAAAAUACAUGAUGAUUUUGUAAAGAUUAUUGUGUGUUUCAAAAAUAUUGAACUGCAAAAUAAACAAGACGAAAUUAUAAAACAUUUCGAGAUAUGAAAAAUAAAAAUUAAUAAAUAUAGAAUGGAGUAAA